UCGCAAAACAAUAAAGACAGCCACGACACACUGCUACAGUGCAGUACGGGACAACGGCCUGGUCCACUUCCCUUCCCUCUCAGUAACCCGUCCGUACGCCUGUGCUCCGUCUCUUUGUCGCACUAUAUCGCCGAGGGUUCAAUGGUGGUUUGAGCGUCUUCGUUCUCUCCAUUACCUCUUUAAUUGCAGUCUUAUCUGAAACUAGGAAGCUACAAUGCAAUAAUGAGAAUUCCAUUUCGGCAUUUUCGUGUAUGUGGGUCUAAAAAUGUUGUAGUAGAAGAGCAACAGGCAAGGUAAGUCGAAAUUUGGGACCAUGAUGGAUGCAUCAAAGAACACAUUACUAACUUCAGAGGAUGGUGAAAACUUGUUCAGUGAUAGUCUUACUGAGGUUGACAAAGACGUAUUCAGUUUUGCUGCCUUGGAAGAGGAAACUUCAGGAUUUGAACAAAUCCUGAUGGAACCUGAAUAUAUGAAUAAUAAUGUUGGUGGCAGUCUUAACUUUGAGGCUUUUGAUAGGCUCAGCUUGUGGAAAUCCUAUGAUGUUGAUAGCUUUCCAUGUAAACUCGAGUAUGAUCAGAUGAAUUUGGAUGAUGAUGCAUGGGGUUUUAGCCUUACACAAGGGGGAGACGAAACAAAGCUAAGAUUUCAAAAUGAAUGGUGGCAAGGAACUGAUGAGGGUUUUCUUCAUGAAAACUAUAGUCUUCAAGCUUCAUGUGAGGAAUUAAUCUAUGAUGCUGAACCUGCUGAUAAAUCUUCCAAUUUGGACUAUGGCGCAAAUGAAGAAUCCUCCCCAGGAAAUGUGAGUUCAGAUUGGCAAUCCUCUGGUUUUGAAGGUGGAGAUUACAGAGCUGAAAUAUCAGAUUCUUCUUCCACAAGUGUUAUGCUGCUUGAAUCUUCAUAUUUAAGGAAUCCACUGUUCCUUGACCAGAUGACAGUUGAAGAGCUUCAAGAGGCCUUUCAGAGAAUGUUUCGACGUGAAACACUAGUUACAGACAAGCAUUGGUUAAAGCAUCGCCUUUUAUUUGGUUUGGAGAACAAGGUUACAAUAGGGAACAAUUUAAAGCUUCUGAAGCAAGAUAAAAUUUCUGAUGGAAAUGAAAGGAAAUCUAUCUUAUCGUCCACCAUAGCUUCGCAUGGAUGUGAAUCUUUGAUGGCCUUAACUGAGGUUGGUGAAACUGGAUUUUGUUUCAGAGCUGGUGCACUUGUUAAUGGAAGGAGAACAUAUAAGCCUCGUAGAAGACAUAAUUUAGAACCUUUAAAGCACCAUAUAUGUCAUAACACAAAACAUGAGUUCUCCUACUCAGCUGAGAAGGUCUUGCACACUGGUUCUUACAAGCAGUGUCACCAACAGGGACUUGGAUCUACAUCCUUGAUUUGUCAAGGGAAAUCUUUUGAAGAGGCUUGUUACCAGGUUCCAUCUGAUUCACCAGUCCAGAAACGGCACUUCAAUACUUCAUUUUUGGGUCAUAAUUCUGAAGACUGCACAGACAGUAGAGCGUCAGUUUUGAAUGACAAUUUUGAAAUGGAACUGUCUUCAGCGGAACCAGAUGUUGACAAAGAUGAUUGUGUCACAAUUACUACUAACCAAACGAGCAGAAAGAGAAGAUCACACAAUAACUACUGGACCAAAUCUGAGGUUAUAAGAUUAAUUCAAGGUGUUUCUCAAUGUGGAGUUGGAAGAUGGAGUUGUAUAAAGAGGCUACUUUUUUCAUCAACCCACCGCACUCCAAUCGAUCUCAAGGACAAAUGGCGAAAUCUUUCAAAGGCUAGUUCCAGUUUGAAGAAUGGACGAAAGCUUGUGCAGGUUGAGCAAAGGAAAAGGCUAGGAUCAACACAAUUAUCAGAGCCUAUUUUGCGUCGAAUCAGGGAGCUGGUUUUGUCACGUCCUAUGGAAGCCAAGUCUAAAAUCAAAAGAGCAGCUACUCUUAGCACCAGCAUUACCAACCAUCAGUUGUUUGUUGAGAGAAAGAAAUUGCCAUCUUCCCCAUAACC